AGAUAAAAUACUGAAAAUAGGGAGCACCACAACAAAAGAAAAGAGUGAAGAAUAGGCCAUGGCUGAGAGGAUGAUUGCUUCUCAAAGUGAACCGUGACAGAAUGGUCGACUGUAUGAGCAAAGUCAUGCUGCACACGGUCGUCUCAUGCUGGCAGCCAUUCCUGGGACUGGCUCUCGUGGCCAUCUUCGUGGGUUCUACCCUGGGAUGUCCCUCCCGAUGCGAGUGUUCGGCGCAAACCAAGGCAGUCGUCUGUCAUCGCAAGCGCAUGCCAAGCAUCCCGGAUGGUAUCCCAACAGAAACCAGGAUCCUUGACCUGAGUAAGAACAAGCUGACAAUGAUCAACCCUGAUGACUUUAUUAACUUUCCCGGGCUUGAGGAACUUGACCUCAGUGGAAAUAUAAUCAGUUAUGUUGAGCCUGGAGCUUUCAAUGCUUUGUACAACAUGCACUCGCUCAGUCUGAAGAGCAAUCGCAUCAAGCUCAUUCCUCUGGGCGUCUUCACAGGCUUGACAAAUCUUACUCGGCUGGAUAUAAGUGACAACAAGAUUGUCAUCCUCCUGGAUUACAUGUUUCAGGACCUGCACAAUCUCAAGUUUUUGGAGGUGGGAGACAAUGAUCUGGUUUAUCUUUCUCACCGUGCAUUCAGUGGACUAUUAAGCCUGGAGAUACUUACUUUGGAGAGGUGCAACCUUACAGUUGUACCCACUGAGGCCCUUUCCCACUUGCACAACCUGGUCAGCCUCCAUCUACGAUACCUCAGCAUCAGCACAUUGCAUCCCUACUCGUUCAAAAAGCUGUUCCGGCUGCGGCACUUAGAGAUCGAUAAUUGGCCUUCCCUUGACCAUGUGCCAGCCAAUACUCUGCAUGGCCUCAACCUGACCACCUUGUCCAUAACCCACACUAACUUGUCGUCCUUCCCUUACCAAGCUCUCAAGCAUCUGCCCUACCUGACACACCUCAACCUAUCCUACAAUCGCAUCAAGCAUAUUGAAGGAGGUAUGUUAAUGGAACUAGUCCGGCUACAAGAGCUCCAUCUGAUUGGAGCCCAACUCACUGCUAUUGAACCGUAUGCCUUCCAGGGCCUUCGGGGACUCAGAGUCCUAAAUGUCUCUCAUAACCGACUGGAUACUCUUGAGAAAGGUGUGUUUCAGUCCCCUGAAGCACUGGAGGUUCUUCUGAUUGACAACAACCCCCUUGUGUGUGACUGUCGUCUCAUGUGGAUCUUACAGAAAAGGCAUUCUAUCUUUGGGGAUUCACAGCCGGAAUGCAACACACCUGAGGGUAUACGUGGCAGACCUUUCAAGGAAUUCAAAGAGGCCCUCCUGUCUUAUUAUGUCACGUGCACAAAGCCAAAAAUACGUGAGAAUAAAACCCAAACCAUCACUGUGGAUGAGGGCCACCAAGCGUUGUUGCGUUGCAGUGCUGAGGGGACACCGAGGCCCAUUGUGUCCUGGUUGUCACCACGACGACGAGUCCUGACAAGUAGGAGCCAUGGCCGUGUUACUGUCCACAACAACGGCACACUGGAGAUCAAGUCCGCAGAGGUACAAGAUAGCGGGGUGUACCUUUGUCUUGCCUCCAACACUGCUGGGAAUGACACCCUGAUGACGUCAUUGGCGGUGAAAAGUCUGGGAUCGCUGUAUGCCAACAGGACCCAGUACUACACAGAUCCCAGUAAUACCACUGCCAAUGGAACAACCAGUGUGACCCUCGGUUUAGACCUCAAGACUAUUUUAGUGUCGACGGCUAUGGGUUGUUUCACCUUCCUGGGAGUGGUCUUGUUUUGUUUCCUGCUCCUUUUCGUUUGGAGCAGAGGAAAGGGGAAACAUAAAAACAACAUAGAUGUUGAAUAUGUGCCUCGGUCAAAGUCUAAUGGCACUAAUGUUGACUCGGCAGAGGGACAAGCUGGUCCCCGACGUUUUAACAUGAAAAUGAUGUGACUUAUUUUUAAAUCCAAAAUUCUGGAUUGUGAAAAUGCCCAAAGUACAAUGUAUUUUUUGAACAUAGGACUACUGAACUUUCCAUUGUUUUGGGGAGAGCAGUAGUGAAGUGAAGGGGAAGUUUCAGGGCAUCAUAAUAAGAAGAGCAGUACCUAAAAUCACUGGGAGUGGAUCAAGUGCUUGAAUACUGUGUUUCAAAUACCAGAAAUCAUGGUGGGACAUUCUCUUACAUAAUUGCCAGCGGGCAACUUCUUCAAAGUGGAUAAGGAGUAAAAUUUGCCACCACUGGGACCUGAUGGGAAUAGGUGUCAUUUAUCAGCUUUUUGAAAUUUAUAUGCCCUAAAAGAACAUUUCAGUUGGGGUUGGAUCUACAGACUCAGCUGAACCAUGUACAGUACAAAUUUGUAUCUAAGCUAUUAACCUACUUUGUUUAGUCUUGCGCCAUGCUUAUUCCAAGAAAAAAGAUCAAUGAAACAGUCCAUUUUUUCCUUUGUUCAGUACUUUGCAUAUGUGUACCUAAUGCUUCAUUAUGUACAUGUAUGUACAUAUUCAUUCAAAAACUAUUCAUAGCAAUAUUCAUGGGAUGCAUUAGCCAAAAUUGAUACACCCCAUAUGUUCAGCAAGAACAUUUCUCAGACUCUCAACAUUUUCAUGGAUCCAGGAAGGGCUUCUAUGGUUGAUUAUCUGUCCCUGCUCCCCCAAAUUGACUCCUAGAUAUUAAUAAAUAUAUAUUAUUUAUUGAUGAAAAUAAAAGAAAAAAGAUUUUAUUUAUGAAAACAUGUUGAGCAUACAAAAA